UGUAACUACUGUAUAUGGAGUAGGUACCUUAUGUAUUUUAAAGCGAGUUCGUGAGUUGAAGAUGCCUACCAGUGGAGAAGACGCUGCUGUGGUAAGAAAGCACCUGAGAGAAGUAUUGGUAGGUCGAGAAGAUCCGGAGGUGUUCUUCGCGAUGUGUUUGUCCAUCUUGGGGCACCAGGAGACCAGAUGGCAGUUUCUACCCAUCAUCCAGCCGCUGUCAUCCGGCAACAGGUCCCUGCACUCCGCCCUCGCCUCCAUCUAUCAGGAAUAUUUCACUCAGCAGGUGGAUGAUGAGCUGGAACUCGCACUGAACCUGUCACGACUUGAAAUACAAGGAACUCCACUUCAGAAACAUGAAGUAACCAAUGGUGGGGACACAAAGGAAGUAGGAGAGGCAUGCAAAUCACGAGAGACGGAGCAUCAAAAGGGUGCACAGCUGAACGUGUCGGAUGUGACUCUGAUGGUUUCUCCCAUGAAGAAUAUGAUGGAAAAUAGCACAAAGGUGCCAGAGGAAAAAGUUUUACACCAGAAAGCAAAGCGUUCUAAAAACAGACGACAGAAAGCAGCGGCCCAGCAGAUAGUUGGUUUGCCAUGCUCUCCAUCAGCCAUGCCGCCUGUAUUGCUUUGGUUCCGCAGGGACUUGAGACUAUGCGACAACCCUGCUCUCAUCAGCUCCUUGGAGAUGGGCGCACCCGUCAUUCCUGUCUUCAUCUGGAGUCCUGAAGAGGAGGAGGGGCCUGGGAUUACAGUGGCUAUGGGAGGAGCUUGUAAAUACUGGUUUCAUCAAGCUUUGGCUUCUUUCUGUUCAUCUUUGGAGUGUAUUGGCAGCCGUCUAAUCUUCCGUGACACAAACAGAGAGGGAAACCACGUUGGAUCGACUCUGUAUACACUUAAAGAGCUGGUAAUGGAGACUGGGGCAAGAACAGUGCUGGCCAAUGGUCUCUAUGAGCCCUGGCUAAAGGAAAGGGAUGACAUGGUGGCGUCAGCACUAAAAAAAGAUGGAAUUGAUUGCAAGAUAUUCCACUCAUACUGCAUCAGAGACCCUUAUUCUGUCAGCACAGAGGGAGUCGGACUCAGAGGAAUUGGAUCAGUGUCUCAUUUCAUGAAUUGCUGCAGACAGAACCCAGGCUCUGCAUUGGGUACUCCACUGGACCCGCCUGUGUCCCUCCCUGUACCUUCCAGAUGGCCUGUGGAUGUCACUUUAGACAAACUUGGCCUGGCACGUAUGCCACGUAGGAAAGACGGCACAACGAUCGAUUGGGCAGCAAAUAUUCGCAAGGCUUGGGAUUUUAGCGAAGAAGGAGCUCACGCCCGCCUUGAGGCCUUUCUGCAUGAUGGUGUUUAUAGAUACGAGAAAGAGUCAGGCAGGGCUGAUGCUCCAAAUACCAGCUCUCUAUCGCCAUACCUUCACUUUGGUCAGCUCAGCCCUCGCUGGCUACUGUGGGAUGCUAAGGGGGCACGCUGUCGACCUCCAAAAUUCCAACGCAAACUGGCAUGGAGAGACUUGGCAUACUGGCAGCUAACCUUGUUUCCUGACCUCCCCUGGGAAUCCCUUCGCCCUCCAUACAAGGCACUACGGUGGAGCAGCAAUCACGGUCACCUCAAGGCUUGGCAGCAUGGUCGAACAGGCUACCCUUUGGUGGAUGCAGCCAUGAGGCAGCUGUGGCUGACAGGCUGGAUGAACAACUACAUGAGACACAUUGUGGCAUCUUUCCUCAUAGCAUACCUGCACCAGCCCUGGCAAGAGGGCUACCGCUGGUUUCAGGACACACUGGUGGAUGCGGAUGUUGCCAUCGAUGCCAUGAUGUGGCAGAACGGUGGCAUGUGUGGUCUGGAUCAUUGGAAUUUUGUCAUGCAUCCCGUUGACGCUGCAAUGACCUGCGACCCUUAUGGCAGCUAUGUUAGAUUAUGGUGUCCUGAGCUUGCAGAUUUGCCCGAUGACCUUAUUCACAAACCCUGGAAAUGCCCAGCAUCCAUACUGCGACGAGCAGGUGUGGUGUUUGGCCAGACAUAUCCGGAGAGAAUAGUUACAGAUCUGGAGGAGAGGCGGAGUCAGUCUCUUCAAGAUGUCACCCUAGUUCGAAGCCAACACAGGCAGUAUGUCGACAAACGCACAGGCUGUGACUUGGUCCCUAUGCCACCACGGCUGGUCUCGGAGGCCCUGGGCUUGUCACAUGAUGCUGGAGGUGUAGUCCCGGCAGGCAAGCACUUCCUCCUGCCCGUCAUCACCCGCAUGGAAUUCAAGUACCAGCUAGAAGAUCCGGAUGCAGUCGCCGCUGCCAAUCCGUACAAUGCUGUCCUUAAAGGCUACGUGGGUCGCAAAAGGGAUGAGACCAUUGCGUUCCUGAACGAGCGAGACUUCACGGCCAGCGUGUUGCAUGAAGGAGCACAGAGGAAAGAGAGGCUGGAGAGUGACUAUCGCCGCAUGGAGGGGUUGCCUAGACCUCUUGCACCACGAGGAAGAGCUAGACGCACACCAAAUGCAAAAGACAGGUUCUCCAUAGUACCUGGUGGCACUGUGACUACAUCCAGACAACCCAGGGCCCAACAGUAAACAAUGUAUCUUUCUCAGGACUGUAACUCGCUGUAACAUCCUGUUGACACUAAAUUUAGUCUAAGCUUACCUGAACUUUUUCCACUGCGUCCCUGUGUCAUGGAUGACACGUGUUACAAGUUAUAUUUUAAACCUUACAGAUCUUAUUUUGGCUUUGGUAAAUAAUAUCCAAGGAUUAAAAUGGUGGUUGGGACAGCAAAGCCUAAAAACAAUGCCUCAGCCCAAAUCUUAACAUGAAAAAAGCUCUUAAAUACAAAUCAGGAGAUUAAAGAAAUGCUUCAAGAGGUUUAUUUUAAAGAUCAUUUCAGAACAGACAUCAUGGAUGAUACCAAACAGAUCAAAGUACUUUUUCCCAGGACAUUUGUUCUUGCUUCGACUGAAAUAUCAUGGAACAAUUCUAUUAACUUGAGUGUCAGUCUCUUCUUUUUUGGGGGGGAGGGGGGAAAGUGAUGUUGCAAAAAUCAACACUGCACAUUGUAUGGUCCUUAAAGUGAGUCUUUUAAGAGCAGCUAUUAAGGAUCCCUAAGGUUCACAUUUGUACAACACUGUCAGGGCAGCAAAGAGACACAGCAGAGUUCUGAUGUAAAGAGACACUGCCUGCCAGUGUUACUUGAAGUGGAAAAAUGUUGGGGGAAGGAUUUGAUUAGUCCUCUAUGGAGCGGAUGUAUCGCUCAUAUGCGGUCUCGUCCAUCAGAGAGUCCAGCUCAGAAGGCUUGGCAAUGGUCAUCUUCAUUAGCCAACCUGUGUUAAACAGGAGCCAUCAAGUUAUUAGAUCGAGCUAACUGCUUUUGACUGAUGUCUCAUUUGAAUUAUGAGAUAUUAAACAUCAUAACCAAGUCGGUGUCCUGUAGCUGUAUGUGUUAAAUAAAUGUAUAAGCAGUAUAAUUUAGCCCUUCGGGAUAGGUAAUAAUAAUUUAUGAAUGAAUAAAUAUGGUAUGGAUGUGUUUUUGAAUAUUCCAAAUUAAUUUCAAUAAUCAAAUAAAAAUUAUGUACACCCGAAUUUCGCUGAAUAUAAUUUAAU